UGUCCGGCCACCGGGUGGUGGUUCGCCUCCGGGUAGGCCGAGCUGCGAAAGCGACCGCCCCUCCCCCGCCUCCUCCUACUCUUCUCCUCUCCUCUCCUCUCCUCUCCUCGCCAAGAACUCGGUCCACGUCCCCCUUCUCCGCGCAGGAAAGGCUCCUCCCCCUUUCCUCACCUGAGACUCCUGCUUCUUCCGGAGAUUUUUUUUUCUGCUGCGGAGGUAACUAGGAUAUCAGCCGGGAGUCGAGGAGAAUGGCGGUUGGCGGAACUCAGCCGACCCUCAGGAAGUAUCUUGGUGCCCUCAAGGACACGACGACUGUGAGCUUAGCAAAAGUGAACAGUGAUUAUAAGGAAUUGGACAUUGCAAUUGUCAAGGCCACGAACCAUGUUGAGCGUCCAUCAAAGGAGAAGUACAUAAGAGAAAUUUUUCAUUCCAUUUCUGCUGCAAGACCACGAGCAGAUGUAGCUUACUGCAUUCAUGCCCUUGCCAGACGUCUUUCGAAGACACACAACUGGGCGGUUGCACUGAAGACAUUGAUUGUCAUACAUCGUGCCCUUCGAGAAGUUGAUCCCACUUUUCGUGAAGAGCUUAUUAAUUAUGGCAGAUCUAGGUCCCAUAUGCUGAACAUGUCCUACUUUAAGGAUGACUCUAGUGCAGAAGCUUGGGAUUAUUCUUCAUGGGUGCGGAUUUAUGCUUUAUAUUUAGAGGAGAGGCUUGAAUGCUUCAGAGUGCUCAAGUAUGAUGGGGAAACAGAUCCUCCGAGGACUCGGGAUCUUGAUACUGUUGCUUUGCUUGAUCAUCUGCCACCAUUACAGCAACUCCUUUUUCGGCUUCUUGCUUGCCAGCCACAAGGAGCGUCUUCUUACAAUAUUAUAAUCCAGCAUGCACUUUCAAUGGUUGCUUUAGAGAGUGUUAAGAUCUACACCGCAAUUAGUGAUGGAACAAUCAAUCUGGUUGACAAGUUCUUUGAGAUGCAAAGGAAUGAUGCUGUUAGGGCACUUGAUAUAUACAAAAGAGCAACUAACCAGGCUGAAAGACUCUCAGAAUUUUAUGAAGUGUGUAAAACUAUACACAUUGGGCGUGGUGAGAAGUUCUUAAAAAUUGAACAGCCUCCAGCAUCAUUCUUACAGACUAUGGAGGAGUACGUAAGAGAUGCUCCCACGAUGGCUCAAAAAGAUAAGGUACUGGCGAUAGAAUAUAAAAAGGAGCCAGAGGAAAAGCCAGCUUCACCUCCUCCAGCCCCAGAACCAGAACCAGCACAGGAACCCGAGCCAGAACCGGAACCAGUAAAAGAGGAACCACCAGUAGCUGAACCAACAGAUUUGCUGGGUCUGAACGAACCACACCCUGCCGUGGCUGAGAUAGAUGAGAAGAAUGCUUUGGCACUGGCAAUCGUUCCGAUAGAUGAUGCUCCUAAAGCUGCUCCUGCUAGUUUUGAAAAUGGAGUCACAGGCUGGGAACUGGCCCUUGUCACGGCACCAAGUUCAAAUGAAACUGCUGUCACCUCAAGCAAGAAAUUGGCUGGUGGGCUGGACUUGCUCACCCUUGACAGCCUAUACGACGACGCGAACCGAAGAGCGAGCCAGACCGCAAGCUACAACCCCUGGGAGGCCGCCGCACCGAUGAUGCAGAUGGCACCUGCGAUGCGCGACCCGUUCUACGCCUCGGGCGGGUUCGCGGCGCCCCACGCCGUACAGAUGGCCGCCAUGGCGCAGCAGCAGCAGGCCUUCAUGCUGCUGCAGCAGCAGCAGCAGAUGAUGACGAUGGCAGCAGCAGCCCCGGCGCCGGUGGUCCACCAGAUGCCGGUGCAGCAGGCCCCGGCCAACCCGUUCGGGAACCCGUUCGCGGCCGCCGGCGCGCACCCGUACGGCGCCGCCGGCACGCCGCUCCACGCCGGGCCCGGCAACGCCUACACGGGGCUGAUCUAGCCAUCCAGCCCGGCGGUUUCUUGCAUGGUACCAUUCUUUUUGUCCUCGCACGUUUUCUCGUCGCCGGUGUGAUGAACUGUAGCAGGUAGAGGCCGGCGGUCGCGGCCAUAUAUAGCGUCAAGGUUGGGUGUACACUGUAUAGGAGCAAGCAGGUCAGUGGUGCUGGGGUUCGUUCGGUAGAAGGCGAUUGUAUUAUAUUGUCUGGCGUUUUGAUUUUCGUUUCAUGUGCAGUUGAGAGUCAUUCUGUUGUUGCGAUCGAGGAGACACGACAAGUCGAGAUUGAAAUUGGAUUAUUCAUGGACAUUGGAUAUACGGUCAAAUAAUGUGACAGUUCUUUCUUAGUUCA